AUAGAGGGAAGGAGGGGGCGAGAGAGGGAGGGAGAGAGAGAGAGAGGGAGAGAGAGAGUGUGGGAGUGGAGGAGAGAGAGAGGGGGAGGGUGAGAGUGGGGCUGGGCAUUGACGACAACACUGUCCCAGUGCAGAGAGAGAGUGUGUGUGUGUGUGAGUAAGGCUGCCGUAUCGUGGUGUGUGGACUAGAGGUGUACAAGAGGAUGCCAGCAGGGACCAGUGUGGCCGUCAGCCUGCUGCUGGCUGCCUGCAGCCUGUACACGGGACACUUUGCGGGGGCUUGUACCUGCAUGCCCAGCCAUCCCCAAGAUGCCUUCUGCAGCUCCGACAUUGUUAUCCGGGCAAAAGUGGUUGGGAAGAAAUUACUGGACGAUGGAUUCUUUGGCACAAUGCGCUACACUGUCAAGCAAAUGAAGAUGUACCGUGGUUUCAACAAGGUACAACACGUCCAGUACAUCUACACGGAGGCUUCCGACAGUCUGUGUGGCGUUCGUCUCCAGGUGAACAAAUUCCAGUAUCUGAUCACAGGCCGGGUGUACGAGGGGAAGGUCUACACGGGUAUAUGUAACUUCAUCAUGCCCUGGGAGAAACUGACCUUGUUGCAACGUAAAGGCCUCAACCACCGCUACCAGCUUGGCUGCAGUUGCAAGAUCAAACGCUGCUUCCACUUGCCCUGCGCUGUAACGUCCAAGAACGAGUGCCUCUGGACCGACAUGCUGACCCACCAGGGCCACUUGGGCCACCAGGCCAAGAGCUACGCGUGCGUCCAGCAGAAGGACGGCCACUGCAGCUGGUACAGAGGGGCCGCCACGCCGGACAAGAGCCGCAUCAAUUCCACCGACCCCUGAGAGCGCCCCCCCCCCGGGGGGCUGAAGUGGGGGCCCCUCUCGGGCCAAGAAAAGACAGUGUCCAGUCUUGACCGAGUGCCUGCCCCCCCGCACGACUCCCAACACCGACGCCGCGACAAUUAACCUCGCUUCCGUCUCCGCGCCUCCGCUCCGCGCGGAACCGAUAUAUCACCCGGCUUCCUACGUGUAGAUUUAUUUAAAUGUCGGAGCGUUUUGGAGCGGUACGCAACGCUCCACGUGCGGCAAACCUCCGCGCUAAAGAUAUCUCGUUUCGUUUUUUUUUUUUUUUUAAUUGCUAUUUAAGACGAUGUUCGAAUUUGUGGUAGUUGUAAAAGGGUCUAGCUUCUGUGUGCAAAAACAGUUCUGUAAGGUGCCAGGCAGAUCACUUUGACUCCCCCUCACAUUCCCACACACUGACCUUUCUGUCCUGGGGCCUCCUCCACUGUCAGAGUGAGGCCCAGCGCUAACUGGAGGAACAGCGCCUCGUAUUUCGCUUGGGUAGCUUACACCCCAGCGGUAUGAACAUUGACUUCUCAAACUACAAGUAACCCUUGCGUGUCCUCUCUCUCCGUCCCCCCUCCUCCCCCAAGUUGUGACACCAGCUUCAAAGUCAUCCUGUUUGAGUUUCAUUGUCUGUAACUUUUUUUCACCGAACCCACAAUUAACAAUGGCCUAUUCCCUUUAACGAGGUUACUUUUUUUUGCAUAUCUUUCAUUCAGUUCUUCUAUACCUCUCUACAUCACCGUCUAUAGAUAUCUCUCGCUCCCCUUUCCCCCUGAAUCUCAGUCUGAAGAAGGGUCUCGGCCCAAGACGUCACCCAUUCCUUCUCUCCAGAGUUGCUGCUCCCCGUCCCGCUGAGUUACUCCAGCACUUUGUGCCAAACGCCUAACGUGCCUGAUCCUUACAAUAACCCUUGUCCGUUCUAGCGCACACGCUGCCAGCUUGCAAACAUUGAAAACUGCUCCCGAUAUUUUCACCCAGACGUCACCUACAUCCUGAUCGACAGAUAUUUCCUUCAUUAAACCAGCCCCCUCCAAAAUUCUGUUUUCAGUUUCAGAAGGAACUGCAGAUGCUGGAAAAUCAAAGGUAGACAAAAGUGCUGGAGAAACUCAGCGGGUGCAGCAGCAUCUAUGCAGCGAAGGAAAUAGGCAACGUUUCGGGCCGAAACCCUGAAGGAAAUAGGCAACAUUUCGGGCUGAAACCCUGCAGGAAAUAGGCAAAGUUUCAGGCCGAAACCCUGAAGGAAAUAGGCAACGUUUCGGGCCGAAACCCUGAAGGAAAUAGGCAACGUUUCGGGCCGAAACCCUGAAGGAAAUAGGCAACGUUUCGGGCCGAAACUCUGAAGGAAAUAGGCAACGUUUCGGGCCGAAACCCUGAAGGAAAUAGGCAACGUUUUGGGCCGAAACCCUGAAGGAAAUAGGCAACGUUUUGGGCUGAAACCUUGAAGGAAAUAGGCAACGGUUUGGGCCGAA